AUGAUGGCAAGUCCACGAAAACAUCCAACAUACAAAAAUAGAAAACGAAAUGCUUAUUAAAAAGAACCAUCCUCUUCAAACAGCCUUACUAUGCCAACUCAGAAUGAAAAUUAUAUUUCCGUUCCGCUGCGCGCACAUCAACCACUUUUCUGACCUCGUUACAAACCGGAAAAUGGCAACCCAACAACGCAUUCUGAAUCUUCGAACACUGAAUGCCCUGCAAUGGGCAACGCGACGUAAUCCCGCGAGAACCACUGUCCGAGCAAUGCAUAUUGCUUUACGCCCAGCAUGUGUAAGACCUCGUGUUAACACCAACAGAAUCACCACCACUACUGGCCCAUUCGUCAGCAGUUGCAGCAGCAGAGCGCAACAGUUACGAACAUAUACUAUGGAGCACAAGGAUGCAGUUGACUUUGAACAAGUACAACGGAUUGUCAAUGAUAAAGAUACUGAUUACAUUUUGCUCGAUGUACGCGAACCGAGCGAGGUCAUGCAAGGAUUCAUACCAUCUGCCAUCAAUAUCCCCUUGAGCAAACUUCUUCCUGCGUGGACCAUGUCUGCAGAAGAGUUUGAAGAAGAAUAUGGCUUUGAACGACCCAACGAAGAUGACAAGAUCAUUGUUUACUGCCAAGCUGGUAUCCGUAGCGCGAAUGCAGCAGAUUUCCUGCGUGAAAUCGGCUAUAAAGUAGUACUGAAUUACCCUGGAAGCUAUGCCGAUUAUGCUAGCAAAUCAUCAGCCCAAUAGAAUACUUGAAUGACAAUAAAAUGGUCCAAGCGGAGGGGAAGAGCGCGGACGUGCGCAUUAUAGAAGGUGGUAGAUGUGGG